CUAUGAACUUGCGAGGGGUUGUUUUUUCGGCUCUAGUUUUUAUUUCGAGCGCGUGAUGCAAAUUUGCUCGUGAACAGACAGACAAGGAAGACACGGGAACCAGAAGCAACAUCAUAUUUCACUUGUUGCAGCUUGAACCAAACAAAACGAGCGAAAGGAACUUGAAUAAAAUCGGUAGCGAAAGAACAGUACAAGAUUUAUCUAUGCCGAAGGACACGACCACGAUGUCCUCUAGCAAGGGCGGCGCUCCUGUCUACCUCGCAAGCGCGGCGGAGAACGGGUCGGAGCCCGACACUGCCACUCACUCCGGCACCGGGACCAGCAGCGGCUCGGAUGCAGAGGCCUACAGCUCGCCGGACCGGAAACAGAAUACUUUCUACCCGCCAGCCAGGGGCGACGACAGCGAGGAGCGAGAGCCCCUGACGUCCAGCACCACUAUAACGAGCGCCGCAACCCUGUCCUCGUCGUUUGUGGCGGGCGGGAAUCCGAAUGACCAGAAGCUGAAGUUGCGGAAUUUUGCCGCGCCAAGCAGCCCCACGGACGACGAGAAGGAGCGCGCUGACUAUGCGGAGGAGGUGCUAUUCAAGCCCUUUCGCUGGCUCUCAGACCUGAACGAGCUGUACGGCUUCCGGUUACUCUUCAUGCUCUUCGUUGCACAGCACAUCAUGAAGGGCUUUGCAGGUACUUAAUUUUGCUAUAUUCAUUCUUAGGAAUUUUGGGAGCACCGGAGAGUCUACCCCAGACAGAAGUACUUACUUGAGAUUUGUGUUUUUAUCUUUUCAUCGCGGACUCAGUCAACAUAGAACGAAGCAAAAGCUGGACAUCCAAAAUCGGUCAGGCACCUUCGUUGGGCAACCGGAGCGGUUUAUCUACAAGUCGUAUCACAUCAGCGGUCCGCAGGUGCAGAUUUACAUGGGUGUGUCGGGGCUACCGUGGGCGCUGAAGCCCAUCUUCGGGCUUCUUUCCGACCUGGUUCCGAUUAACGGGUACAACAAGCGGCCCUACAUUCUGGGCGCCUCCUUCCUGGGUGUGACGUCGAUGCUGUUUCUGGCGUUUCUGGAAGUCCCUGUGACCAUGAUCGUGAUGUUCUUCUUCUGCAUCGCCCUGCAGCGGUCGGUGUGCGACCUGCUGACGGAGGCGAAGUACGCCGAGGCACUGAAAAAGAAGCCGGAGCACGGGCCGGACUUGAUGACGUUUGUGUGGGGCGGAAUCGAGAUGUUUGGGCUGAUCGCGCUCACUAUCAAAUGCAAAAAUGUCUGGGUCUGGAAGAAUGCAACAUUUGUCAUGCACGUUUUGUAUGACGUGUGAGGUCUGUGAUGCAUGCCCUAGCAUCACAGAUUCUGUGAGAUCUUUUCCAUGCCUUUUCCGCAUGAGAAACUGCCUCUCGGCCUGCUCAAAAGUGAAUAGCUUUAGUGGUGAUCAUGCAACACAGAUUUUUGCAUGAUCCAGAAUUAGCAUGACAGGUUGCAACCUUCCAGACCCAGACAUUUUUGCAAUCCAUACUCAUGUGCGUCGGUCCGCUCGUGGAGUGGAUCGGGCCACGGAAGCCGUACUUGCUGCUGAUGCCGUAUCAAAUGUAAAAAUGUCUGGGUCUGGAAGAAUGCAUGUUUGUCAUGCUUGUCUGGCAUGACUCUUAAAUGUGUCAUGCACGUUACCCAAGAGCUCCACUCUUCUGUGAUGCAGGAACGCAGUUUGUCAUGCAAAAUAGGCAACACCUAGAAGCUCAGAAACUUGUCAUGUUGAGCCAGCAUUUGUGGCCUCAUCAUGAGACGCCACCCAGCAUCACAAGUUUCCAGACCCAGACAUUUUUACAUUUGAUAUGCCGUUUGCGUCACUGAUUCUGUACCCGACCUACAAAAAUUACCUCGACGAGACCAAGCGACCGGCGGCGGAGACCCAGGCGCACCGGAAGAAGCUGGUCACGGAGAAUAAGGAGGUGUUCAUGCUCUGCAUUCUGAUCACCAUCUGCACUUUGUGCAUGACGGUGUCCGGCACCCUGUUUACGUCCGUCCGCCUGCACGCGUUGACGGCCCUAGUUGUUCUGGUGGUCAUCCUCUUCUCCUUCUCUGUCAUCCUGCGCCCGGAAAUCGCAAAAAUGAACGCAUUCUACGUCUUGCAGGGAAGCUUAAGCAUCGGCAUCGGCGGGGCGUCAUUCUACUUCUUCACCGACGGGCCAAAAGAGUAUAGGAGCUGUUAAAAAUGUAGUCGUGUUCAAUGCGUUUGCGAGUUUUUCCAAAAAUUUGUAACCGCCUACAACUAGAACUACAACUUCUGACAUCUUCACUGUCAUGAUUCCCUCUGCGUAACCAGCUCCGCAGAGAACUACAUUUGAUCGCAGGAGCUAAAACUCCUGACACCAACACCUCCAACCUGCAGGUAUCCCACAGGACCCCACUUUUCCACCUUCUUCUUCGUGACCGUCCUAGGCGUGACCGGUACAUUGUGCUCCCUGUGCGGUUUGUGGUUUUACAACCGGUUCUUGAAGAACUACAGCUACAUCACUCUGUUGACGCUGACGAAUCUGCUCGGGGUGGCGUUGUCCAUUCUCGACAUCGCGAUUUUCACCCGUUCCAACGUGGCCUGGGGAAUCAGCGACCACCUGUUUGUCAUGGGCGGGACGGUGUCCGCCAGCUUGAUCGGGAACUGGCAGUGGAUGCCCGGCGUGGUGAUGCUCUCGCAGAUGUGUCCCCGGAACAUGGAGGCCACUUUGUACGCGCUGCUCGCCGGCUGCCACAAUUUGGGCAACAGCAUUUCCGAGUACCUCGGCGCGUUCGUGCUGGAGGAACUGGGCUGCACGCCCACCGGGCAGGGUGACGAAACCACGAAAUUCGACAACCUGUGGGUGGCCGCUUUGAUCCAAACCGUGGUGCCCAUGUUCACGAUCGCACUAAUCCCCUACAUGAUUCCCAACAACAAACAGACAGACACAAUUCUCGUCGACGCGCCGGACUCCGCAACAAAAGGGUCACUGUACAGCAAGUGGUUUCCAGACACCACAGGCUACCAGCAAGUUGCCCGCAUGGAAUCCCAAUCCCCGAGAUCAUCGGGAGAUCCAGGAUCUAAAGAUUCCCCAACUGCGGCACGAGGAGCCUCUGUGUGAAGCAUCCAUAAAAACUAGACGGGCCGCUGCCACGGCACACAGCUCCUGUCAUAAGAUUUUUUGCAACGAGAACUUUUUCUUCCUUUAAGAUUGAUAGUACCGAGGUUUUGAAUGGGUUUCGCAUUACCUUGCCACAUAGAUAAAUUGCAGAAUAACAUGCGCAGGCACACGUCUGCUAUUCAUUCCAAGAAUACAGUAUUGUAAUAACUACUGAUACGCAGUCGCAGCUCGCGACGUCGGGCUUUUCUUGAGAGCUAUUUCCGCGGCAUACAGACGCCUUUUUGCGUCUGAUUGCUUCGCGCUGCAUGCGCUUGGCUUAGCUUUGAGAAUAAAGAUAAAUGAUCGCUUUUAUCGAGCUGUUUUUGCACAGAUAGAACUUCAUUCGAGGCUGUCGGCAAGAUUAAGAUUUAUCGAGCUUCAUGAUAUAACUGGCCACCUUCGAAACUCAGAACUUCUUCGGCUGUAUGACCACCUUUUUUCGAUAUGGCCUUCAUUUUGAAGAAAUUUCCCGAUGCCGACCGAGAAUCAAGAUUGUCACUACAGUGAAUUUCGGUUUUUGCCAUACAAGAGAACUUGGGCUACCACGGACGCUUAGCAUUUCAAUUUUCCGAAAGGACAAACAAUACAGCGAGAAUACGAAAGUUUAUACUUGCGCUUUUUUAGCCGAUAUGGCGAUAAUUUUUGUCCUAUCGCGAGCAAGACCAAGAUUGGGCAACUACAUCGAUUGCAAGUUAUUGCAAACUCCACUGUUGCACUAGCUGUAGCCGG